AUGUCGAAGGCUCAAGAUGGUCUCGACGACUUCGAUGAUGGCUUUCGUACCGGCUUGAGUCCUGAGGAUCUCACGAAACCACUCCUAAUUAGCAAUGACAAUGCUGGUCAACAGGGCCCUGGCCCAGCGAGGCGGAUAACGAGGGCUGCACCACGGGCAUCUCCGCAGGCACCUCUACUGGACCGUGUGGAUCUUCCACGAGUUACCAUAACCCCAAAUGCAUCCUUGUACGACACGGAUCCGCCUUCCAUUCUGCGAAUUCCGACCGGGCCUGAAGCCGACGCCGAAUGGUUCCGCAUCGGCACCGGUGUCAUGCCGAUUAUCAUAUCCUCCGAUGAAAUCUACAAACUCGGAAAGGAUCCCUCUGUGGCCGUGAAGAUUCCCGAAGAGCAUGGAUACGGUGACGAUGCAUAUAUCGCACAGACGGAAGUGUUCCACCUCCUUCACUGCCUAGACAUGUUGCGGAAGGAGAUCUCCUACGACCAUUACUAUUUCGCUCGGUUUGGCAACCAUCCGGACGCGGAACAUGUCGCACAUAUUGGCCAUUGUAUCGAUAUUCUGGCACAAACCAUCAAAUGUUCCAGUAGCGUUGACGUGAUCCUUUUCAACUGGGUCGAGGGAUGGGAUCAGCCGUUCCCUGAUUUCAGCAAUCAGCAUGUGUGUCGGGACUUUGAGACGCUUCUGGGAUAUGUGACUGAGAACUCGGUGCCACGCUCCGUGUGGAAGACAAUGAAAGAACCACCUGCGGGCUAUGUGCGUCUGCCGGAACCUGCACCGGCACGACCAGCUGAAUCCGAUACGGAUCCAUGA